GGGGCGGCCGGAGGAAACACACUGGGCCAGUUCUACGGCUGACAUGUCCGGGACGCUCAGAGACAUGGAGGAGGCCGGAGGGGGUGGAGGAAAUGACCGUGUCCGGAACCUGCAGAGUGAGGUGGAGGGCGUCAAGAACAUUAUGACCCAGAAUGUGGAGCGUAUCCUGGCCCGGGGAGAGAAUCUUGACCAUCUUCGUAACAAGACAGAGGACCUGGAAGCCACAUCUGAGCACUUCAAGACUACAUCACAGAAGGUGGCUCGGAAGUUCUGGUGGAAGAACGUGAAGAUGAUUGUCAUCAUUUGUGUGGUUGUCUUUAUCAUCAUCCUCUUCAUUGUGCUCUUUGCCACCGGUGCCAUUCCAACAUAGGGAAUCUCUGAUGCCUCAUGGGGCAGCCCUACAUGAGGGUGCCCAGAGGGGCCCUCUUUCCUAUCUAUUUCUACAAGGAAUGCUGCUCAGUCCUCCUGCCCCUCACUCUGUACUCCUUUGUCCCCAAGGGCUCUUUGCUCCCCCAGAAGGAGAGAGCUGGACCUUGGUGGUUUCACAGGUUCUCAGAGUUGGUUGGAGAAACCCAGAAGGUCCAGCAUGUGGUUGGUAAACUGUUGGUGGCCGGUGGGCAAUAAAGACCUUUCACUGACUGUC